AUGGACCUGGGAAAUUUCUUCCAACGUCUCAGGUUUCACAAGCAGUCACCACAAAUUGAUGUUCCAAGGGCAACAACGAACUUCAGGUUCACCCUGGUGGCCCCAGACCUGCUGCGGGCCGACAGCCCGGAGAACAUCUACCUGCAGGCGGAAGGCAUCAUCAGCCCCAUUGACGUGGCCAUCACCGUGGCCGACUUCACCAAGACCACCACGCUCUUCACAGACGGGGUCACGCUGGACCAGAGCAACAGCUUCCACACCCUUAAGUCUGUCCAGGUGAAGGCACGCUUCCGCCUUGGGGGUCCUGAAAUGAGAUCCAAGUCUGAAUGUGAAUGUAGCCUAUGA